AUGGGAGGUCAUUUUGAAGGGCCUGCUGUUUCUCCUGGCAGUGCUGCAGGGAUCGCUUUUGAGGGGAACACGAAUGUUUUAAAUUCAGAAAAAGAAAACUGGUAUCGCUUUGGGUAUUUUGUCUUGACUGAAACUGAGCAAGGUGUUGAAACUGUAGAUUCGAGCCAUUUUAUAACUCCACAAAACAUUGAGAGGCUUCAACAGGCAAAAGAAGCCAAUGCAGUUCAGCUUGAUUAUACUCAACCCAUUCAAAUGGAUGUGAAGAAAGAAACACCAAAAACUGACGGUGAUAGCCAAAUUGGGACAGUUGGAUGUGUGGCUGUUGAUAGUGAUGGGAAUUUAGCUGCUGCAACUUCUACUGGUGGAUUUGUCAACAAGAUGGUUGGCAGGAUUGGGGACACGCCGAUCAUAGGGGCGGGGACAUAUGCCAAUAAUCUCGUCGCAGUUUCUGCCACGGGAAAAGGUGAAGCAAUAAUACGUGGCACUGUCGCAAGAGAUGUAGCAGCUCUUAUGGAAUUCAAGGGUCUUUCUCUCAAGGAGGCUGCAGCUUAUGUUGUAGAGGAGAGUGUUCCAAGAGGCAAUGUUGGCUUGGUUGCUGUCUCUGCCAAAGGAGAAGUCACAAUGGCUUUAAAUACAACAGGGAUGUUUCGAGCUUGUGCCACUGAAGAUGGGUAUUCAGAGAUUGCAAUAUGGCCUUCUGUGUAGAACUGAGUGCUUUAGGUCUGCUGAGGAAAUUGCUUGGGAUGUGUUAGGGGUCUAAUGGAGUGCAAAGGGAGAAACAAGCAAAGGCUGAGAUGAUUUCUUUUUUCAUUAGAAUUAUGGCAGUAAAGAAUAAAGAGAUUGUGUGUAUCACUAAGUAGUAGUAGUAGUAGUUUACUUUAUGGUUAUCAAGUGUGGAGAUUAUUUAUUAGAGAGGAUCAAAAUAAAUAAUAAAGAAAAAUAUUAUGGGUACUAAUGAAUAAGCUCCAUAUCAUUUUGGUACUCUUCUUUUGGUAAAAUAUUUGGUACCCAUAACAUUUUUCAAUUCCAAAUUGUGUUAAGAAUAUUGCAUGCACUCCUAUCUAAUAAGAACUUGUUUAUAGAAUCCGAGUAGAACCAGAGUUUGUAUACUGAUUAUAUUUAAAUUCUGUGCAUUUUGUUAAAAUGAUUAGUAUAGAAGCCCAUUUUGAGUUUUGG